CCUAUACUUCUGUGACGAGUACGACAACGUUGAUCCUCUUCGCCUUGCGGCAUGGUCUGCCUGCGAGCCGAAGUGAGAGCAUACGAGAAACUACAAUCUCUCCAAGGAACUUGUAUUCCUCGGUGCUUCGGUCUCUAUGGGACAGCUCUUCCUGAGCAGGAAGGGAGGAUCCGUGUACGUCCUCCUAUUGGAGCAUGUCACUGGGACGGAUCUGCGGUACCUAUGCGAGAUGGGCGACGAAAUGGGUGACAUCGUCGCUGAUUACCUAUGCGAGAAGCACUGUGAUGUUAUAUUUUCCACCAUCUCCGGAUUGGCUAUGGAUUUCAUCCAGCUCGGUGUUUCUCAAAGCGACUUGGCUCCGCGGAACACCAUAAUCAGACCCCCGGCUCGUAGGGGACCUUUUUGCUCUACUGAGCAUUGUCCGGCCCGCAAUGAAAUCGACACAGAUGAUCCUCAGGCAGUGAUGGUUGACUUUGAGAGGGUCGUAUUCUGUGACCCGAUUCAACAGCUCACCAUUGAUUUUUACAGGAAGCGAUUUGUGGAUAUCGCUCCCAGCAACUACCUUGCUGACUGGUUUCGCAACUUGUGCGGCUAUCCACAGCCCUAGUGAUCUUUAUAUUGGACGAUUCAGACUCUGGUUGUGCCUCUAGUCAUAGAGUUUAGAGUUUAGAGAACCGGUAUAUGUAAUGAUUUAGUUUGUAGAGUUAAAUGGAUCCGGUAUCUCACCCUUCCGGUGCGUUUCUAUAUCGUUUGCUGCUCCCUGUC